GAAGAAGAAAAAAUGUCAGUGCUAUUUCCUGAAUUAAAAUAUGAGACUUCUAACGUCUCCAGAAAUGCCCUUGAGAGUUGUUUUAUUUUUGAGAGCAAUUGGAGAAAAACAGUUUUUGAGACACAAAAACUUAAAAAAGACUGCACCGCAGCAUUUGGUAUAGGAGAGUUAAAAGAAUCCAUCAACAUGCCAUAUUUACCGGAAUUUCAAUUUUGUUCGAGAAGUUCAGCUCCACUACAGGUUCCAGAAAGGCAACAGCACUUCCACCCGGAGAUGCUUUCUGUCAGAAAUGAAGUUGUCAGCCAGAAAAAUCCCACUGACUUUGAAUUCUGGCAGUUCUUGAACAAAGAGGCUAGCUGGCAGCUCAAUAUAAGGCCCCCAAAAUGCAGUGCUGGGGAUACACAGAUCAUUCUCAAGAGUUGCCUGAAAUUAUUUUAUUCUCCUCUGUGGAUUGCACCUUUGAAAGAACAGUCUUGGCCAAGUAGGUUAAAGAAGAUGAAGCCGGUAUACUCAUUGAUGCCACUUAAGGAGAAAUCAAAAGGUUCUGGCUUUCGGGAUCCUCUCCCUGGAGCAUCACCUCAGUUCUUACAGAGACUCUCGAAAAUAGCCCUAUUGGAGAGUAACACCAUUCAUCAAGAGAUAAUUAAAAAAUCAAAAAAGGGCAAAAAACGAGACCUAAGAGACUGCUGA